CAAACAGUACCUCCCAGCUGUACCCUCACCCCAACCUACAUCACCACACACCUUUUGGAGUACAACUUCUGAGAUAUUCAAACUUCUUUCUUCUUGCGAACUACAACUCUCGCCUUUGAUUCCUUUUCCCAUAUAAUAUCUGUCGCCUGAUUUGAGCAUUGUACUCGUCAUACAUUCCGAGACGUCAAACUGAGACGGAGGUGGGGUAUUACGGAACUUACCUUGGGCAAAGUGUCCAUUACAUCCGGAUCGAAACCAUAUCCCCAGCUGUCUCGGCCACUGGCUAGACCUUCAAAAUUCCAUCCAUCACAGACACCGAAGGUGUGACCCAGCAGGGCAAACGCAAGGCUUCCUCUGAGGCUGAACCCCGACUUGUCAAACGAACCUUGACGAGCAGCCUAAAAUCAGGAGCAGAUAUGGCGACCAAAAUGCAGGUCGACGGCCCCUCCGCCACCAACAAUGAUAUCGACGAGUCGCUCUACAGCCGGCAGCUGUAUGUCCUCGGACACGAAGCUAUGAAGCGUAUGUCUGUGUCGAACGUCCUCAUCGUGGGGUUGAAGGGUCUGGGAGUCGAAAUCGCCAAGAACAUUGCUCUUGCUGGAGUCAAGAGCCUUACACUCUACGACCGAACACCAGCAGCCAUAUCCGACCUGUCGUCGCAAUUCUUCAUUCACGCCGAGGAUGUAGGCAAAGAGAGGGGUCUCGUUACUGCCCCUCGCGUGGCUGAGCUCAACGCAUACACCCCAGUGUCGGUCCUUGACGAGCCCAGUUUGACAGCAAAUCUCGCCGCACUUGACCAAUUCCAAGUAAUUGUUCUCACGAACACUUCAAUCAAAGACCAAAUAGUUAUUAGUGACUACUGCCACCAAAAGUGCAUUUACCUUGUCGUUGCCGAUACCUUCGGCCUAUUCGGAUCCAUCUUUUGCGAUUUCGGCAAGCAAUUCACAGUUCUAGACCCAAGUGGCGAAACCCCAGUGUCCGGAAUUGUCGCUAGUAUCAACGAAGAGGGCCUCGUUUCUGCCCUCGAUGAGACCAGGCAUGGCCUAGAAGAUGGCGAUUACGUUACCUUCACGGAAUUGCAAGGAAUGGAAGCACUCAACAAUUCAGACCCCCGUAAAAUCACGGUUAAGGGACCUUAUACUUUCUCGAUCGGCGACGUUUCUGGUCUUGGUCAAUACAAGGCAGGAGGAAUAUACACCCAGGUCAAAAUGCCCAAGUUUAUCGACUACAAGCCAUUUUCGGAAUGCCUGAAAACCCCAGAGUUUCUCAUUUCCGACUACGCAAAGAUGGGCCGACCUGAGCAGCUUCACGUCGGAUUCCAGGCUCUUCACGCAUUUGCUGAGGGUCAUGGGCACUUUCCAAGGCCACAUAAUGACGAUGAUGCAGCAGUCGUAAUCGGCUCCGCAAAGUUGUUUGUGGAAAGGGAGAAAUUGUCGGUGGAAAUCGACGAAAAGCUUAUCAGGGAAUUAUCUUACCAGGCUCAAGGCGACCUUAGCCCUAUGGCUGCUUUCUUCGGUGGCCUUGCGGCCCAGGAAGUUCUAAAGGCCGUCUCUGGGAAAUUCCACCCGAUCGUUCAGUGGCUCUAUUUCGACUCUCUCGAGUCUUUGCCCACUAAUUUCAAGCGUUCGGAAGAACUGUGCAAACCUACAAACUCCCGGUACGAUGGCCAGAUUGCUGUGUUCGGAAAGGACUUCCAAGACAAGUUGGCAAACACCAAUGAGUUCCUGGUUGGUGCCGGCGCAAUUGGAUGCGAGAUGCUCAAGAACUGGGCAAUGAUUGGCUUGGCAACUGGGCCAAAGGGCAAAAUAAGCGUGACGGACAUGGAUUCUAUUGAGAAGAGCAAUCUUAACCGACAGUUCCUGUUCCGACCAAAGGAUGUUGGCAAGAUGAAGAGCGACAGUGCUGCCGCAGCGGUUGUCGCUAUGAACCCAGCACUAGAGGGCCACAUUGUGACCAUGCGAGACAGAGUGGGCCAAGAUACUGAGCACAUCUUCAACGAGGAGUUCUGGGAAUCUCUCGACGGUGUCACAAAUGCUCUCGACAACGUGGACGGUCGUACAUAUGUCGACAGACGUUGCGUCUUCUUCCGAAAGCCUCUGCUUGAGAGCGGUACCCUGGGCACUAAGGGAAACACACAGGUUAUUCUGCCACAUUUGACAGAAUCUUAUUCGAGCUCGCAAGACCCGCCCGAGCAGUCGUUCCCGAUGUGCACUCUCAAGAGCUUCCCAAACAAAAUCGAACACACGAUUGCAUGGGGCCGCGAAUUAUUCGAAUCGUACUUCGUCAAGCCUGCCGAAACGGUCAACCUCUACCUCAGCCAGCCAAACUAUAUCAAUACGACUCUUAAGCAAGGCGGCAACGAGAAAGCGACGUUAGAGACUAUCAGAGAUUACUUGGUUACUGAUAAGCCCCUCAGCUUCGAGGACUGCGUCAUCUGGGCGCGCCUUCAAUUUGAAAACCAGUACAACAACGCUAUCCAGCAGCUUCUGUACAAUUUCCCGAAGGACUCAAACUCUUCCAGCGGAGUGCCAUUUUGGUCUGGACCAAAGCGUGCUCCAACUCCUUUGAAAUUCGAACCAAACAACGAAGAGCACCUCAGAUUCGUAAUUGCUGGAGCUAAUUUGCAUGCGUUCAAUUACGGAAUCAACACUAAAGAUGCGGAUGGUCAGGUUAUCCAGAAGGUUUUGGAUAACAUGAUUAUCCCAGACUUCUCACCAAACCCAUCUGUCAAGAUCCAGGCGGAUGACAGCGAACCCGACCCAAAUGCGCCGGCCGCAAAUUCAUCAUUUGAUGAUGGUAGCGAAUUGCAGGAGAUCAUGAAGACCCUGCCACCACCAAGCAGCUUGGCAGGAUUCAAGUUGCAGCCUGUUGAAUUUGAGAAGGACGACGACACCAAUUACCACAUUGAUUUCAUCACGGCUGCGAGUAACCUACGUGCCGACAACUACAAGAUCGCUCCUGCAGACCGCCACAAGACAAAGUUCAUUGCUGGCAAGAUUAUUCCGGCCAUUGCAACAACAACAGCUCUCGUAACAGGCUUGGUUAUUCUUGAACUCUACAAGGUCCUCGACGGCAAGGACGACAUUGAGCAGUAUAAGAACGGCUUUGUGAACCUCGCAUUGCCGUUUUUCGGUUUCAGCGAGCCAAUUGCGAGCCCGAAGGGUUCUUACAAGGGGCCAAAUGGAGACGUCACGGUUGACAAGCUAUGGGACAGGUUUGAGGUUGACAAUAUCACUCUCAGGGAGCUCAUUGAUAUGUUUAAGGCGAAGGGUCUCGAUAUUACGAUGCUGAGCUCUGGGGUUAGCCUGCUUUAUGCUAGCUUCUUCCCACCUGCGAAACUGAAGGACCGCUAUGAGCUGAAGCUCAGCGAUCUUGUGGCCCAGAUUUCGAAGAAGGCGGUUCCUGAGCAUCAAAAGAAUGUUAUCUUUGAGAUCUGCGCUGACGAUGAGAGCGGAGAGGAUGUUGAGGUUCCUUAUAUCAUGAUGAAGAUGGGCAAUUAGGGCGGCAUGUGUGCCUCCCAUGGAUCGACUCUUAAGAAGAUUGCCGUGGGUGGUCGACGUUUUACGUGAAGAUUGCCGUGGGUGGUCGACGUUUUACGUGAA